GGCGGAAAGUGUGCUGCUGUGUCGGUACCGGAUCGAUUGCAGUCUGCGAGAGUACGAGCGAGAGUGAGUACGUGUUUGGCAAGCAGUCCAGCCGUCGCAAUAUGAGAGAAAUAGUUCAUAUACAGGCUGGUCAAUGCGGUAACCAGAUCGGCGCAAAGUUCUGGGAAAUUAUAUCGGACGAGCAUGGGAUUGAUCCAACUGGUGCCUACCACGGAGACUCCGAUUUGCAACUGGAACGCAUUGAAGUCUACUACAAUCAGGCAUCAGGGGGCAAAUAUGUGCCUCGUGCUAUCUUGGUGGAUCUCGAACCCGGUACGAUGGAUUCUGUUCGGUCGGGGCCUUUUGGACAGAUAUUCAGGCCAGAUAAUUUCGUUUUUGGUCAGAGUGGAGCCGGCAACAACUGGGCAAAAGGCCACUACACGGAGGGAGCUGAACUGGUAGAUUCCGUGCUGGACGUUGUACGCAAGGAGGCAGAAGGCUGCGAUUGCUUACAGGGAUUCCAGCUAACCCACUCCCUGGGUGGUGGCACAGGUUCUGGCAUGGGUACCUUGCUUAUUUCAAAGAUUCGUGAAGAGUAUCCCGACAGAAUUAUGAAUACUUAUUCCGUUGUGCCCUCGCCCAAGGUUUCUGACACAGUUGUGGAGCCAUACAAUGCCACACUGUCGGUACACCAACUAGUAGAAAAUACUGAUGAAACUUAUUGUAUUGACAAUGAAGCCCUGUAUGACAUUUGUUUUCGCACACUGAAACUUGCAAUGCCAACAUAUGGAGAUCUGAACCAUUUGGUUUCCUUAACAAUGUCUGGUGUAACAACUUGUCUAAGGUUUCCAGGACAGUUAAAUGCUGACUUGCGCAAAUUAGCAGUUAAUAUGGUUCCUUUCCCACGCCUACAUUUUUUCAUGCCUGGGUUUGCCCCACUGACAGCUCGUGGCAGUCAACAGUAUAGAGCCCUUACUGUUCCAGAGCUUACACAACAGAUGUUUGAUGCUAAGAACAUGAUGGCAGCUUGUGAUCCUCGUCAUGGUCGAUACUUGACUGUUGCAGCUAUCUUCAGAGGUAGAAUGUCCAUGAAAGAAGUGGAUGAGCAGAUGCUAAACAUCCAAAACAAAAAUAGCAGUUACUUUGUAGAAUGGAUCCCAAAUAAUGUUAAAACUGCAGUGUGUGACAUUCCACCCCGUGGGCUCAAAAUGUCUGCUACGUUCAUUGGAAAUUCUACUGCUAUUCAGGAGCUCUUCAAGCGCAUAUCUGAGCAGUUUACUGCUAUGUUCCGCCGUAAAGCUUUCCUUCAUUGGUAUACUGGAGAGGGGAUGGAUGAAAUGGAGUUUACUGAGGCGGAGUCAAACAUGAAUGACCUGGUGUCAGAGUAUCAGCAGUACCAGGAAGCUACUGCAGAUGAAGAUGCAGAGUUUGAAGAAGAACAGGAGGGGGAAGUCGAGGAAAAUUGAGAUAUGCCCUUUAAUGCAUUCUAGAGAGUAUAAUUUCUGUUCCAUUUGAUGUGAAUUUUUAGGACGACACAAUUAAUGCGUACUUCGGUUAGUAUGUUUAAUGUGUAUGCUAUUGUAUGUUGUAGAUAUGACAGCAACAAUAUCAUGAACUCCUCAUUUCAAAUAUCAGCAGAGAACUUGUUAGCAAUCUCAGUUUUUAAAUUUUAUAUCAGUUUCCUAAUUUUUAUAUUAUAAAUUUUAUUAUUUAUACUAUAAAUAAAAUGUCAUUCUUGUCUGAA